UUUCGCGAACUCAGCGUUUGAAGUACAGUUAAAAGUUGCAUUGCUGUUGAAAUAAAACUCAACAAAAGAAAAAAAUCCUUGAUCUAGGAAUAAUUAGGGAAACUUUCAAAUUCCAGUGCUCACAAAAUGUUGUUGAAAAACGAAAAAAUUGAUAAAUGCCAGCAGCCUUUGUUUAGUCACGCUUAUUAGAAACAGAAUGUCUAGCUUGGAAUUUUACACAUAUGUUGGCAUGGACACUGCAGGAGUGUUAAAUCGAUAUCCAUUUUUUGCGAGCCCUGCGCUUCAGUGCUCCUUUCUAUCAAAAAUCUUAGCAACCUUGAUUUAUCGGGUCUCAGUCACUUGUUAGGAUUUGAAAGGCUCGGACCGUCUAGUGAAACCUGUCUCACAAUGCCCAAGGAGAAGAAGACGAAGAAGGCAAAGAAGGCAGUACCGGAUAUACAGCCGGUGGAUGGGCUUAGCGCCGUUGAUAGACAAUUUUUCGAAAUUACUAUUAACGAUCUAAAUCAAAAAUUAGCACGACUUCGCACACAUAAUGUCAAAAUCGAGGAACGCAACGAGGAACUGGAGUUGAAACUGAAGCAGAUUGAAGAAGAUAGAGCGGAUGUGACAGCAUUUCUGGAUCGUACUCUGCAGGAUAAACUCGCUGUGAUUAUCGAGCUGGAAGAUAAAUUAAGUGAGUUGUCCAAAGUUCGUGAUCAGGAAAAUGAGGAGUGUCAGAAACAAAUUGUUAGCUUAGAUGCCAAAUACAAAGCUAUGCACGAACAAUUGACUUCCGAAAUUCAGUUACUGACAGGGAAGCUUAAUUCAAUGGAAGAGUUUCGGCUUCAACGGGAUGAACUAAUGGCGAAAUUCGAUGCACAGGAUGCUGAAUUGAAAGAGCAAAACAAGCGUCAUAAAACGAUUUUGUACGAGAUGGAACGUAAGGUGAUCGUGGAUAAGGAUCGAUUGCGGAAGGACGUGGAGAAUAAGCUCCUGCAGUUGUCUACUGAAUUUACGAAAUCUUCGGAAAUUCGCGUUGCUGCACACACUCAACGUUUAGUUCGGGAAAAUAUUGCGUUGAACAAUGAAAUGGAUCGCAUGAUCUUCACCCAAGAGCGAUUAGAGAAGCAAUACGCUGAACUCAAGUCUCAAAAUUCGGAACUUCGCAAUAAUGCCGAAAUCGACCUGGUUGAAAAGCAGCGUCUCAUGCAGACAUGUCAAGAACGGCUUGAUUUAAUAAAACAACUAGCCGAUCAGUACGAACAACAACUUAACACGAAUGCUCAACUGAAUGCCUAUAAAGAACGAGCUGUCGAGUUUGAGACAGAAACUGAAGUAACUAAGAAGGAAUACAAACAUUUGCGCCAGAAGGUUCGUAUACUUGAACAGUAUAUUCACUACAUCAACACCGAUCGUCAGGCACUUCGGAAUACAUCCAACCACUACAGACAGGAGUUCGAACGCAUCUCCGAGAUCUUGAAAACAGUUCGCUUUACGGUUCGAUCAGCAUUUAAGGAGGACGAAGUUGAUGACGACCUACCAUAUCAAGAAAUCAAACGUAAACGCUUGAUUUCGGAUCUACUUAAUGCGCUUACUGAACUGGAUCUUCAACCAAGGAUUGAUAUAUCAAUCGCAACUCUGCCUCCCGAUGGAGAAGAAGGGUAUGAGCAAGGAGACUUAGGUGUAAUUCCACGAGAUACGUUAGAGUCGAUCAUUCAAAAGACACAAACUUAUAAUCUGGCCGAUACUCCAUUGUUAAGCUCGGAAACGGUUUCGAGUGGAGGUGAAGCGGAAAGUCUACGGAUUGCUUCGGGAAGCGACGUGAUUCUAGAUGUGGUUAGUGGCUCCCAGUUGGUGUUUAAGGGUUCGGAUGAAUCACACGACGAGGACCAGAUGGAAGACAGAGCGGAAAGUGAAAGAUCUGAAGACAGCAAAGCUCGAGUAAAACGGAAAGUUGAGCGUGAAAUUGAAGUAAUCGAGCAACCACCAACGAAAGAUGCGGAAAGUGCAGAAGCAUCAGAGACCCAUUCGACUACUCCGGUAGAUAAGCCAGAGGAUAUUAUCGUUGAUGCACCGGAUGUCUUCGAAGAUGAGCCAAUUGAAUUUGCAGCUGUGAAGAGUGAUUCUGACUGAAUUUUUGAUCGAAUGCGAAAAGAAUAAAUUUUAAAUUAUGAAAUAAUCCCAAGUAGCAAAUGUAACUUAUUGAAAUUUCAAGAUGUUCCAC